CCUCCUCCAUCGCGCUUCCCGGACGGCGAAAGCGGGCUUCUUUGGGGGACCCCACCAGGGGGCGGAGCCUCCUGCGGCUCACUCUCCGGUCCCUCAGGUUGUCGGGGCGUCCGCGCCCGGGGGAAGGACACCCCCAGCCAGGGCCCAAGUGUGCAAGGAAGUUAGGAAUCCGCUCUCUCCAGGGUGGAACCUGGCUGGGACUGUCCUUCCAGGGAGCGGAGCUGCUCCGAGGAAGAAGCGAGUCGGCAGGGUUGGCUCUAGAGAGGGCGAAGGAUCUGACCUUGCUGACCUCGCAGGCUGACAGGGGAGCUGCGCCCCCAGAGAAACAUGGAUGCCCCCCGAAGGGACAUGGAGUUGCUCAGCAACAGCCUGGCGGCCUACGCGCACAUCCGCGCUAACCCCGAGAGCUUCGGCCUCUACUUCGUGCUGGGCGUCUGCUUUGGGCUGCUCCUCACCCUGUGCCUGCUAGUCAUCAGCAUCUCCUGUGCACCCCGCCCGCGGCCCCGGGGCUCCGCCCCGCGCCGGGACCCCCGCAGCAGCACCCUGGAAGCCGAGGACGACGAGGACGACGACGACGACGAGGAGGACACAGUGACGCGGCUGGGCCCCGAAGACACGCUGCCGGGCCCCGAGCUGUCCGCGGAGCCCGAUGGGCCCCUGAGCGUCAACGUCUUCACUUCGGCGGAGGAGCUGGAGCGGGCCCAGCGGCUGGAGGAACGGGAACGGAUUCUGCGAGAGAUCUGGCGCACCGGCCAGCCGGACCUGCUGGGCACCGGCACCCUGGGGCCCAGCCCCACGGGCACGGGCACCCUGGGCCGCAUGCACUAUUACUGACCGGCCCCACUCGCGCUGCGAGAUGCUCAGCGUCCAGGACAUGUGUAGGGGCUCGGAGCUGCCCCAGGACCUUUGGACUGCCCCUGCCCACGGUGCUAUGGAGGCCCCGCCCCCACGGCUCCCCUGGUGCUAUCGGGCCUGGAUUCUGGCCCUCUGGGAGACACCCUUCCCUAGUCCAGCCAGAAGGCCCUGGGGGUAGGGUAGGACGCAGGGUCCCCUUCCCCUCUCUGGGGGACGGUUAAGAGGUGACGUGACCAAUGAAAGCUGCAUUCUCAGUGA